CAUGAAAGAGGUCAUACUGGAGAGAAGCCAUAUGAAUGUAAACAGUGUGGCAAGUGUUUUCAACAUAGAGGAAGUUUGAGGGAGCAUGAAAGAGGUCAUACUGGAGAGAAGCCAUAUGAAUGUAAACAGUGUGGCAAGUAUUUUAGCCAUGCAGCAAAUAUGAAGAGGCAUGAAAGAGGUCAUACUGGAGAAAAGCCGUAUGAAUGUAAACAGUGUGGCAAGUGUUUUAGACAAGCAGCAAAUAUGAGGGUGCAUGAACGAGUUCAUACUGGAGAGAAGCCAUAUAAAUGUAAACAGUGUGGCAAGUAUUUUAGACAUGCAACAAGUGUGAAGGAGCAUGAAAGAAGUCAUGCUGGAGAGAAGCCAUACGAGUGUAAACAGUGUGGCAAGUGUUUUAGACAAGCAGCAAAUUUGAGGGUGCAUGAAAGAGUUCAUACUGGAGAGAGGCCUUAUGAAUGUAAACAGUGUGGCAAGUGUUUUCGACAUAGAGGAAGUUUGAGGGAGCAUGAAAGAGUUCAUACUGGAGAGAGGCCUUUUGAAUGUAAAUAUUGUGGCAAGUGUUUCAGCCAAGCAGUUUCAUUAAGGGUUCACAAAAGAGUUCAUACUGGAGAGAGGCCUUAUGAAUGUAAACAGUGUGGCAAGUGUUUUCGACAUAGAGGAAGUUUGAGGGAGCAUGAAAGAGUUCAUACUGGAGAGAGGCCUUUUGAAUGUAAAUAUUGUGGCAAGUGUUUCAGCCAAGCAGUUUCAUUAAGGGUUCAUGAAAGAGUUCAUACUGGAGAGAAGCCAUAUGAAUGUAAACUGUGUGGCAAGUGUUUUAGCAGAGCCGGUGACCUUAGAAGACACGAAAAAGUUCACACUAAAGCAAGGAGGGGUACACGACACAUUAACAGACGUGCGUCUAAACGUUUGCUUCGUCAGCGCAAUAGCGGAGGAAGUAACCGAAUUGAUGUCAGUUCAGGAAUUACAAACAACCGACUGGCUCAAAGAGACUCUAGACACGGAAGGCGUGUAGUAAACUUCCAAUUAGCUACCGUUGAGACACACAGCUGUUGGAUUUGUCAAGAGGAGAUGAGUAGUGAAGCUUUUCUUCUUCAACACUAUGAAAAUCAUAUGAGGCAUGUAGUUGAAGAUGACUUGUAAAAUUGAAUGGUUCUCGUUCAGGUUUUCGUAAAUUUCGUUUCUGUUCUGUUAGGUUUUGUCACUGAGUGGAAGCAUGGCAACGUUUAGUUUUGGUUACUUGUCAUGAGUGGCUUGUAUUUUCAGUGGGUUGUUUUUUCUCCAUGAAAACUUCGAAUUGUGAUUUUCUUAGGUGAUUUGAUGUAGUUGGCAGAUGUUUGUUGACGGGAAGAAAAAUUCUUUUGCAAUCCCGUUAUGUUCUUUUUGCGAUGGAUAAUUCAACCAACUUUUUGAAAGAGAAAACAUUUGUGGACUAUUUUGAAAUUUAACAUAUGGACAGACAAUCCUAUGAGAUGAGCUCGUUGAAUAGAUGUAGAAAAUAUAAUAAUACAAUAAAGCAGCCAGAGGUUUUUCAAAACAGUGUCUUAUGAAUGGCCGACUCUAGAGUGACAUGGAGGAAAACUUUACGUUCGCCUCGUUUCCUUGACAACCCAUCCGCAUAAAUUUUCACAUUUUUCCGGAUUUGAACGCAAGAAGAAAGAUAGCGGCUUAGUUUCCGGACGAUAGCCUAAGCAAAAAGUUAAAAACAAAACACACAAGAUGGAAUUUUGAGAACAGCGAGGACUGAACAUUCGUGAUUGCAGUUUAUUGUGUGUUUUGUUGUAGCCUCGUGUGGAGUACUUUCGCCACCCUAGUGGUUCCGAAAAUAUACGUAUUGAGAGCAUUCUGACUUUGUUGCUAUUCGUAGUCAGGAAACACUUCUCAAAUGGACUGACAUUUAACAUUUGGUCAAACACGCCUAUAAGGACUUGAAAAAUAAAUUGACCCGAGAGAAUGCGAGCUUCCAAAUCAUCUUUUUCACUUUUGUUGACUCUGAAGUGACGUAAAAUGCUACCUCUUGUUCAGAGUUCGUCCAUAAAAAAUCAUCCAGGGCCCAGUUGCUGGAGGGCCAAUAAACGCCAACCCGGGAUUAAAUUUUGAUCUGAGUUUCUUGCUCUUUCGUUCAAAAGCGUUUUAUCGGUUAAUUUUCUUUAUUCUCUAUAGCACAUCAAAUCAUUGCAUUGCAGGCAAAAAAACUAAACUGAAUUUUCUUUUUAAGCAUUCAUAUCUGAUUUUAAACUUCGCACUGGCCCUGGGUUAUCUUAACUCUGCUUUGAACAUCCCGGCCCAGGGUUAGUUUUCGCGUUUUUGACUCCGCAAAAGCACAAGCGUUUCCUUGACCCGAAAGUCAAAGUGAAUACCCACAAAAAUACAUUGGAAGACACCUUCUUACUAUGUUUCCUUUUUCUUUCUAAGCGUUGUCUUCGCAUCCUUCUAUCAAAAAAACAGAAAUAACCACCCAUUUCUUAUCUAAGAAAAUAGCCGACAUUUCGUGACGUGACCACUGGUUUCCACCCGAAAUGACGUCUGAGGAACGAGCGCAAAAAUUCCAUACUGAUGAUGUAUCACUGUCCUGAUCAGGGUAGUGCUUCUGAUUGGUUGAUGCAAAUUUUUAGCCAAUAAGACGAACUACCCAGAUCUGGGCAGAAAAUUGGUUUGAUGUGAUUAUUCUUCUAACUCGUUUCUUGAUACUUGUCGAGUUUUCGUGAUCUGGUAGAGCUUUUAAGCAGCGUUUUUUUAGCGAUGGACGGCAACCGGAAAAAGAGUUUCUGCAUUCUUAGGCGGUUGAUUACUCCAAAUUUUCGGUCAAAUCGUCUCUAUAAGAGUAAAGAAACGAAACAAUACAAAUUUGGUAGCGUCAAACCAAAGGUAAAAUCAUCAGGAUCAAAAAUAUUUCUGGAAUGUUUAAUAUUAUGUGGCAGAGAAAAGCCAAUCGGGCGUGAGAUGACGUCAUUUUACUGCUACUAGCAGAAUCCAUUUCGUUUUUCCUUUCAUAUUUUGUUUGAUAAUCCUGGAGGGGUUUACAUAACAAAAGCCCUAAUUUGCAUAAGAAAGCAAAACCCUAGUCGUAGUAGUCAAAAGACGUCAUCGUGCAAAUCACCUUUUAAUUUUGGCCAACAGUUGACCGGCGCGUACCUAGAGACGAUCCCAGAUAACAUUGCGGGACGCAUUUCGGCUCCAGUUCCCCUCUCGUUGGGCGAAUGUAGAUACCAUCGGCUCUUAACGUCUGAGUGAACAUUAGACUGUUGCUAGCACCUUAAAUUACCGUUACAACACUUUGCACCCUCUUGCAACCUAUCUUUGUCACCUCUUUGACGCGAUUAAAACGUAAUGGAUCAAAGGUGUGUAAAAUGUAGAUUUUUUACUUAAUAUGCGGUUUUAAUGUACUAUGUUCUCGACCUUACGAGCAGUUAGCUUAAACUAUUUUAUCGAGUACUUUUAAAGGUAAUAAUAAUAAUAAAUAAUAAUAAUAAUAAUAACUUUUUGAUGCUUUUUAUAAUUGUUAUUAGUAGUCUUUAGAUAGUCAUUUUACAACAAUUCUCUUUCGUAGACAAGAAAAAUGUACAUAGGGUAUAUAUUUUAAUAUUUCAUAUUUUUGAAUCUGUAAAUAGUCUAUUUUUUUUUUUAAAUCUAUGAAUAAAGUUUUGUUUUAUAAUAAUAAUAAAACUUUUUGUUAAGGGUAACAUUUCAUAUUUCUCGAUAAUCUACACUUGGCCCGUGGAAAAAUAAUGAAUAAAAAAGACAAAAAUCGAUAAAAAAAAACCCCUAUGAUUCAUAGGCGAGAAUUUGAAGAUAAACUAACGAAGGAAUUGCUAAAGAUUGUCCACUUCAAUUCGCUUAAGUUUUUUUUUCGAAAGACGUCAAGGUUGUAUAUGUAUGUAAAGUGAAAUCAAUUGGAUAACCGAUCGUACUUCCAGUGACAUCGGCGAAGCAGAAUUCUGUCACAGACAACUCAGCGCUCUCCGGUGAGGAUUAAAGACCGGACCGGCAGAAAAGAGGUAGCCUGCGCGCAAGCUCUCCAUUUUGGGAAGUCCCGACAAGUCACGGAAGAGCAACGACUUGCCCUAGCGUGUUUUCUCCCGGCUCGUUUCUCUCGCCAUAAUUGAAUAAUUUCCUUGCAGGCUAGGAGAGCGACAAAAAUGGAGCCUACUUAAUAAAGUUUCACCUGAAAAAAAUGUUCAAACUGUUAGAGUUUUAAAGGUAACCAUAUUGUAUGUAUUCCGGAUAAAGAAAGGCCGAGUUUGCAUUAGGCAAAUUUAGAAGUAAUAUGAUGAUCUUUUAACGCGACUUUUUUUUUGCAACGUAUUGUACCGUUGUCUAGUCUGCGGGGCAGGCGCCUGUUAGUUGUUUUUCACCGGCCCCGCCCGCGCGAAGGGGAGGGGAGGCCCCCCUGUCCUUUUCUUCCCUCGCGAGUCCUCGACAAUUCUUCCCUCGCCCUAAAAAAGGCGGAGCCUGCUAGGCAGGCUGACUGUUAUCUGGAGGAUUCAGCACGGUUUGACGGACAAAACUUGGCAAACGCCAACAGAACGCAGCGGAAUUCUUCGUCAGACCCAGCCUGCGUAGCAAGCGUUUCUGUGCAGUUUAGGAGAAAAGAACGAGGAACGAGAGUCAAAGACCGCGAGAAAAGUGGCGCAAGUAAAAGAGCGGGGAGGGGGUGAGUAUACCACAAGUCCCCUUGUAUUUCUUUGCUCAGAAACCAAACGGAAACGCUUGCUACGCAGGCUACGUCUUGGCUACGUCAGACUCUGUCCACCUUCUCCUACGUCCGAGGAAGACUGGGUAAAAACACGCUGAGUCAUCACUUCAUCAUUGCCAACUCUUGCAAAUCUCAGAAAUCUAUAAAUUGCUGAAGGUAAGGAGAGCUUCUCAGUACAUUAUAUACGUAUCUUAGAGUGAUUUACGUGUUAGAAUUAAUCGUCACAAGAAAAGAGCUAAGAUUUUAAGCCUGUAUUGAUCUACGAGUUCGCCUCGCUUGGCUCAUAAAGCGCCUGUUAUGCAGGCGAGUACUGAUGAACAUAUGUUUACCGCUUGGUUAAAUUGUUGCUCAGAAAUCCCAUGAGUGUAUCGGAUUGAGCUGAUUAUAUUUAUGGGGGGUGAUUACCGCCAAAAUGAGAUGUUGUAUUAGGCUAUUCUAUGGUGAUCUUUUAGACUCCACAAUAGGCCAUUUUACAGUUAUGGAUGGAAGCGAGGCUGACGCUUGUUUCGAUACAAACCUUCCUGCUUUAUUAUGUAAAUCAAGUUAUUCUUAUGCUUACUAGUAUUUUUCAAGAACAAUUUCCAUAACAAAGCAAAGAAGGUUUGUAUCAAAACAAGGUCACGCUCACCCUCGCUUCCAUCCAUAACUGUAAAAUGGCUUAUUGGUGUUAUGUCCUCUUUGUUUGGCAUUGUAAAUUCCAUUCGUCCAUUCUGUAUUUUGUUAUGUAUUUACACAUUCUAUUAUGUAUUGGAUUCUUCUAUUCUAACAUGACGUUUUAGACUUUUGUGGUGAUGUUUUGCUCUUUCUAUUUGGCAGUGUAAAUUUGUGUAUCUUAUUGUGCAAUUCUACAUUCUAUUAUGCACUUAUGUAUCCCGGGGUGGGAGGGGGGUUGUUACUUGGUUUAAUUUUUGCCAGGUAUGUGCCGCUGGCCUCUCAGAGCCCCUACCCCAUUAUAGUCUAAUCUGUGGCCAAUUAUAGAGCCCUUAUUAGUCGCUCUUGGGAAAAUAUGUAAUUUUUGCAAUCCCAGCUUAGUCACUUUCUAUUUAUGUAUCUACCUUAUACUCUACUUUUCACCAACAGUACAAACAUUCUGGUAUGUCUGGUAACUGCUAAUAUGAAGAACUGUCUUACCCUAAAAAUCAGAAAAUUUACCACUCCAUUCUAGUAACUCUAUCGAAAAUGCGAUCCCUUUAUAGUCAAUCCAAUCGUGAAAAUGCAACCCAUCCAGCGGCACAUCCCCAUUAGCCUCUUAUAAGGAAGUACCCUCCCCAGGUUAUGUAUGUUAUCAUCCAAGAUUGGGUUACUUCCGGAAUUUUUGUAUUCUGUUUUGCGUUCCCGUAUUAUGAUCUGUUUCAUCUUGUGAAUCGAAGUUGUAUUAUGCUUACGUCAUAUCCUGCAUGGCACUCAGUGGACAAAAAUUAGACGACCGGGCAGGGGGAAUGGGUAUCAUUCUAAGCCACGUUGCCAUUUUCUGCCAUCCGCUGUCAAAAUGGCGGACAAUGUUGAUAAGACGGAUCGAAAAGAAGAAGAGCAUUGAUCAAGGUUUAAAGCUUUUAAGGGGGGCAAAAGAGUUACUUUCUGGUUCCUUAAGUGAUAAUAUUGUUGGUUUACACAUGACGUCACUAAAAUUCAAACUAAAAAACUAUCGAUCCUACCGAGAUUUUACUUUCACGAUGCAUUAGAGCAGCUGAAAACUAAUUUUCAUAGAAAUUUUCGCUUCAAAAGGGUUCUUGGUUUUGUGAUAGAGUACGCUUGAAUUUCUAAGCGUUUGCGUGACGCGGCUUUUACGUGACGGCCAAGAGAGCUGUCAUGUAGGUUAAAAAAAUGACCUAUUUCAGGAAAUUUUGCUAUCUAAACUGUUCAUGUAUUACAAAAAGUAUUACUUUAAUGUUUAUGAGUUUCUCUCAGAAUAAAUUCAUGCUUUUGUAGCAAAACUCGGUAACAGAUGUUUUUGCUGGUUUCCGUCUGCCAUGUUGGAGCUCAUCCAGGUAAGCACCAGCAUGGCGUCUCCAUACAAAUCUCUAUAAGUUUGGGUAAAACAUUUCUUCGGAUAUCUUGUAUACGAAAAAUUCCUCUGACCUGAAUCUUGAUGAGGGUCUUUGUAUAUGUACCUCCUUUCAUUUCCCAGAUUCUGGACUUUAUCUAUUGAACAGUUUUGAUUUUUAUUUUGAUGUAUUUUGAAUGGCGUGACAAAGAAAACCAGCAAUUCCUCUGGUUAAUAGUACAGAUCCAUUCCUAAUCAAAACAGAAGUGAGAGAAUUGCCUCAAAUCUUCGCGCGCUUUUCAGUGCAUACGAUGAUAGCCCUGUUAAUACUCGACGUCCUGCUCCACAAAGUAGAAAUCAAAUUGCAAGUCCGCCAAAAAGGAGAGGAAGGCAUGCUUCCGUGUUUUCAAGCCUCAGAAAACAUGGACACAUGAAUUUCUGUCUGUCGUACUGUGAACAAGACGUUGUUUUGUUUUUUUUAUCAUGUUUCCUCAACAGACUUUGAAGGGAAAAUAGAGGGUCUGUAACCCGAGGCUAUAAUGGAAGCUAGAAUGUACUCUUUGGUCAACAAUUCCAGCAUCAAAACAGCCGAGUAUAAGUCUAUACAGACAAUCUAGUCGAUAUUGCACGUGAUCCUGAUCUGAGUCACCAUUUCCUGACUCUGUCUCAAAAUAUUGAGCAAUACGUUCCGAAGGUGGUUUCUGACUGCAACAUGACUGUCGACAUUGUGCGCCUUUUAAACAGCGGAUGGCAGAAAAUGGCAGCGUCGUUGAGAACGAUACCCAUUCCCCCUGCUUGGCCGUCUAAUUUUUGCCCACUGAGUGCCGUGCAGGAUAUGACGUAAGCAUAAUACAACUUCACAAGCUGAAACAGAUCAUAAUACUGGGACGCAAAACAGAAUACAAAAAUUCCGAAAGUAACCCAAUCUUGGAUGAUAACAUACAUAAGUGCAUAGAAUGUAGAAUUGCACAAUAGCUUACAGAACUUUACACUGCCAAGUAGAAAGAGCAAAACAUCACCACAGAAGUCUAAAAUGUCAUAUGUUAGAAUAGCAGAAUACAAUACAUAAUAGAAUGUGUAAAUACAUAAAAAAAUACAGAAUGGACGAAUGGAAUUUACAAUGCCAAAUAGAGAGGACAUAACACCAAUUAUUGUGGAGUCUGAAAGAUCAUAAUAGAAUAGCAAUACCACAUCUCAUUUUGGCGGUAAUCACCCCUCAUAUAUAUUUGCCUUUGUAACAAGCAUUUCUGCGCGAACUUGUUAAACAAAAGGGUUCCACCUUCAACAAACUCGCGUUGAAACGCUUGGUUAGGACUGUCAUUAAGAGCCGCGGACCGAGGAUUUCCCCACCCAUUAGGCCAUCCCAAUUUAAUGCUUUGUUUCCCAUCGCCCGACUGACCCAUUUUUUUUAGAAAAGUAAAAAAAAAAUUCCAGAAUCACUUGUAAAGAAGCAAGUACUUUAAAUCUUGUCUUAUUAACACCAAUUGUCCUAAAUUAUCAUCGAUACUUCGUUUUUGUAGCCUUUUUAGACAUUUGAUAGUCCUGUUUCACCAUCUGAUUAUAUCUUGCAGACUAAACGUGAGAUUUACUGGCACCCAGACCCCUUCAUUCUUUUUUUUUUUUUUUGCCCAACCGACCGACCCACCUUCACGAGAGGGAGGGUGAUAAGAAACGAAACAUUUUAUUGGGAUGGCCUUAUGAACAUGGCUCCGGCUACUUUAAUAGGUAAAUAGAAGAAAAAUAGAACCAAAAGAAUUCCCUAGCUGUUUGAUUCCCCACCUACUUGUUGUAUUUACCCGGCAACUUGAAAUCUUAGAGACAUCACUGCUUGUUACACUGCUUAUAGCGGACAGACAGACUUAAGUUAUAGGGUUCCCAGAGAUUUAUGAGAUUUAAAACUAACAGUUUAGUGGAGAUAUAUCGUUGGUUUAGUUAGGCUGUGUUUCAAAGACGAGCGGGGUGGGGGCGGUUAGGAUUUUGUAAAUAUGGGAGAUCUAAAAUCUGGAAAUUGCCUCUCUUAAAGUAAUUUGCAACAUCAGCCACCCCACCCUGCAUAACUGCGAAUCAACCCAUGGGUGUGGCUAUGGACAUUAUACAAAGUCUUACCUAAAGUAUAUACUGUCAAAUUAAAUUCCACCUUGUUAACAAAAUAAUCUUGACUGGGAAAACUGGGUUAAAAAGCAAAUUUCGUGACCAGUGUGGGAGAUAAUCUAGGCAUAUAUGUUACUGGGCCCUGAACACUGCUGUGUUCUCACUCAAGAUCACGGUAUCAAUAGUUUUGCAAAUAACACAAAACUGUGGGUUGACCAAAGAAAAUGGACUGGUUUCUUAGCAAGACAAGGUUUAAAAAUGUCAGCUUCAACGGUACAAUGGUAAAUAAUUUUAUUGCACCUAUAAUUACUAAUUACAUGUAACAAAUCAGGAACAUUUAAACAAUGUUUGUAUUGUUGCAAGUACAUUUGGGAGUUUGUCCAGAUCUUGUUGUUUAAGAUAGUUGAGGCUUUAACAAAUAACUUGAUUUAUUUCAUGAUGAAAAGGAUUGGUAAAGGAAGCUGCAUGUCUUCAAAAAGGGAACAGAGUGGAACAUUCUUCACAAAAGUAAGAAACCUAAAAGAACAACACAGAGUCCACACGGGAAAGAAGUCUUACAAAUGUAAACAGGGUGGCAAAUGUUUUAGAGGAACAGUAGAACUAACAACACAUGAUGAACGAGUUCACACUGGAAAAAAACCUUAUGAAUGUAAGCAAUGUGGCAAGAGUUUUAGUCAAUCAGGAAACCUAAAGUCACAUCAGAGAGUCCACACGGGAGAGAAGCCUUUUGAAAGUACACGGUGUGGCAAGUGUUUUAGCAGAGUAGGGGACCAGAAAAGACAUGAAAGAGUUCAUACAGGAGAGAGGCCUUAUGAAUGUAAACAGUGUGGCAAGUGUUUUCAACGUCGAGGACAUUUGAGGAUGCAUGAAAGAGUUCAUACUGGAGAGAGGCCUUGUGAAUGUAAACAGUGUGGCAAGUGUUUUCAAUAUACAGGAAGUCUGAGGAUGCAUGAAAGAGUUCAUACUGGAGAGAGGCCUUAUGAAUGUAAACAGUGCGGCAAGUGUUUUAAACAGACAGGAAGUUUGAGGAUGCAUGAAAGAGUUCAUACUGGAGAGAGGCCUUAUGAAUGUAAACAGUGUGGCAAGUGUUUUCAACGUAGAGGACAUUUGAGGAGGCAUGAAAGAGUUCAUACUGGAGAGAGGCCUUAUGAAUGUAAACAGUGUGGCAAGUGUUUUCAACAGACAGGAAUUUUGAGGAGGCAUGAAAGAGUUCAUACUGGAGAGAGGCCUUAUGAAUGUAAACAAUGUGGCAAGUGUUUUCAACAUACAGGAAGUUUGAGGAGGCAUGAAAGAGUUCAUACUGGAGAGAGGCCUUAUGAAUGUAAACAGUGCGGCAAGUGUUUUAAACAGACAGGAAGUUUGAGGAUGCAUAAAAGAGUUCAUACUGGAGAGAGGCCUUUUGAAUGUAAACAGUGUGGCAAAUGUUUUCAACAGACAGGAAAUUUGAGGAUGCACGAAAGAGUUCAUACUGGAGAGAGGCCUUAUGAAUGUAAACAGUGUGGCAAGUGUUUUCAACAGACAGGAAUUUUGAGGAUGCAUGAAAGAGUUCAUACUGGAGAGAGGCCUUAUGAAUGUAAACAGUGUGGCAAGUGUUUUCAACGGAAAGGAAAUUUGAGGGUGCAUGAAAGAGUUCAUACUGGAGAGAGGCCUUAUGAAUGUAAACAAUGUGGCAAGUGUUUUCAUCAUACAGGAAGUUUGAGGAUGCAUGAAAGAGUUCAUACAGGAGAGAGGCCUUAUGAAUGUAAACAGUGUGGCAAGUGUUUUAAACAGACAGGAAGUUUGAGGAUGCAUGAAAGAGUUCAUACUGGAGAGAGGCCUUAUGAAUGUAAACGUUGUGGCAAGUGUUUUAGCAUAGUGGGUAGCCUUAGAAGACACGAAAAAGUCCACACUAAAGCAAGGUGCGGUACACGUUACAGUAAAAGACGUCCGUCUAAACGUUUGCUUCGACAGCGCAAUAGCGAAGGAAGUAAGAGAAUUGAUAUCAGUUCAGGAAUUACAAACAACCAACUGACUCAAAGAGACUCUAGAAACAGAAGUCGUGUAGUAAACUUCCAAUCAGCUACCGUUGAGACACACAGCUGUUGGAUUUGUCAAGAGGAGAUGAGUAGUGUAGCUUUUCUUCUUCAACACUAUGAAAAUCAUAUGAGGCAUGUAGUUGAAGAUGACUUGUAAAAUGGAAUGGUUCUCGUUCAGGUUUUCGUAAAUUUCGUUUCUGUUCUGUUAGGUUUUGUCACUGAGUGGAAGCAUGGCAACGUUUGGUUUAGGUUACUUGUCAUGAGUGGCUUGUAUUUUCAGUGGGUCGUUUUCUCUCCAUGAAAAGUUUGAAUUGUGAUUUUCUUAGGUGAUUUGAUGUAGUUGGCAGCUGUUGCUUUUUUGUUGACGGGAAGAAAAAUUCUUUUGCAAUCCCGUUAUGUUCUUUUUGCGAUGGAUAAUUCAACCAACUUUUUGAAAGAGAAAACAUUUGUGGACUAUUUUGAAAUUUAACAUAUGGACAGACAAUCCUAUGAGAUGAGCUCGUUGAAUAUCUUUAGAAAAUAUAAUAAUACAAUAAAGCAGCCAGAGGUUUAAAACGAUUAAAACGUAAUGGAUCAAAGGUGUGUAAAAUGUAGAUUUUUUACUUAAUAUGCGGUUUUAGUGUACUAUGUUCUCGACCCUACGAGCAGUUAGCUUCAACUAUUUUAUCGAGUACUUAUAAAGGUAAUAAUAAUAAUAAAUAAUAAUAAUAAUAAUAAUAAUAAUAAUAAUAAUAAUAAUAAAACUUUUUGUUAAGGGUAACAUUUCAUAUUUCUCGAUAAUCUACACUUGGCCCGUGGAAAAAUAAUGAAUAAAAAAGACAAAAAUCGAUAAAAAAAACCCCUAUGAUUCAUAGGCGAGAAUUUGAAGAUUAACUAACGAAGGAAUUGCUAAAGAUUGUCCACUUCAAUUCGCUUAAGUUUUUUUUUCGAAAGACGUCAAGGUUGUAUAUAUAUGUAAAGUGAAAUCAAUUGGAUAACCGAUCGUACUUCCAGUGACAUCGGCGAAGCAGAAUUCUGUCACAGACACCUCAGCGCUCUCCGGUGAGGAUUAAAGACCGGACCGGCAGAAAAGAGGUAGCCUGCGCGCAAGCUCUCCAUUUUGGGAAGUCGCGACAAGUCACGGAAGAGCAACGACUUGCCCUAGCGUGUUUUUUCCCGGCUCGUUUCUCUCGCCAUAAUUGAAGAAUUUCCUUGCAGGCUAGGAGAGCGACAAAAAUGGAGCCUACUUAAUAAAGUUUCACCUGAAAAAAAUGUUCAAACUGUUAGAGGUUUAAAGGUAACCAUAUUGUAUGUAUUCCGGAUAAAGAAAGGCCGAGUUUGCAUUAGACAAAUUUAGAAGUAAUAUGAUGAUCUUUUAACGCAACUUUUUUUUUGCAACGUAUUGUACCGUUGUCUAGUCUGCGGGGCAGGCGCCUGUUAGUUGUUUUUCACCGGCCCCGCCCGCGCGAAGGGGAGGGGAGGCCCCCCUGUCCUUUUCUUCCCUCGCGAGUCCUCGACAAUUCUUCCCUCGCCCUAAAAAAGGCGGAGCCUGCUAGGCAGGCUGACUGUUAUCUGGAGGAUUCAGCACGGUUUGACGGACAAAACUUGGCAAACGCCAACAGAACGCAGCGGAAUUCUUCGUCAGACCCAGCCUGCGUAGCAAGCGUUUCUGUGCAGUUUAGGAGAAAAGAACGAGGAACGAGGAACGGAAACGCUUGCUACGCAGGCUACGUCUUGGCUACGUCAGACUCUGUCCACCUUCUCCUACGUCCGAGGAAGACUGGGUAAAAACACGCUGAGUUAUCACUUCAUCAUUGCCAACUCUUGCAAAUCUCAGAAAUCUAUAAAUUGCUGAAGGUAAGGAGAGCUUCUCAGUACAUUAUAUACAUAUCUUAGAGUGAUUUACGUGUUAGAAUUAAUCGUCACAAGAAAAGAGCUAAGAUUUUAAGCCUGUAUUGAUCUACGAGUUGGAGUUCGCCUCGCUUGGCUCAUAAAGCGCCUGUUAUGCAGGCGAGUACUGAUGAACAUAUGUUUACCGCUAGGUUUAAUUGUCGCUCAGAAAUCCCAUGAGUGUAUUGGAUUGAGCUGAUUAUAUUUAUGGGGGGUGAUUACCGCCAAAAUGAGAUGUUGUAUUAUGCUAUUCUAUGGUGAUCUUUUAGACUCCACAAUAGGCCAUUUUACAGUUAUGGAUGGAAGCGAGGCUGAGGCUUGUUUGGAUACAAACCUUCCUGCUUUAUAAUGUAAAUCAAGUUAUUCUUAUGCUUACUAGUAUUUUUCAAGAACAAUUUCCACAACAAAGCAAAGAAGGUUUGUAUCAAAACAAGGUCACCCUCACCCUCGCUUCCAUCCAUAACUGCAAAAUGGCUUAUUGGUGUUAUGUCCUCUUUGUUUGGCAUUGUAAAUUCCAUUCGUCCAUUCUGUAUUUUGUUAUGUAUUUACACAUUCUAUUAUGUAUUGUAUUCUGCUAUCCUAACAUGACGUUUUAGACUUUUGUGGUGAUGUUUUGCUCUUUCUAUUUGGCAGUGUAAAUUUCUGUAUCUUAUUGUGCAAUUCUACAUUCUAUUAUGCACUUAUGUAUCCGGGGGGGGGGCUACUUGGUUUAAUUUUUGCCGGGUAUGUGCCGCUGGCUUCUCAGAGCCCCUACGCCAUUAUAGUCUAUUCUGUGGCCAAUUAUAGACCCCUUAUUAGUCGCUCUUGGGAAAAUAUGUAAUUUUUGCAAUCCCAGCUUAGUCACUUUCUAUUUAUGUAUCUACCUUAUACUCUACUUUUCACCAACAGUACAAACAUUCUGUUAUGUCUGGUAACUGCUAAUAUGAAGAACUGUCUUACCCUAAAAAUCAGAAAAUUUACGACUCCUUUCUAGUAACUAUCGAAAAUGCGACCCCUUUAUAGUCAAUCCAAUCGUGAAAAUGCAACCCAUCCAGCGGCACAUCCCCAUUAGCCUCUUAUAAGGAAGUACCCUCCCCAGGUUAUGUAUGUUAUCAUCCAAGAUUGGGUUACUUCCUGAAUUUUUGUAUUCUGUUUUGCGUUCCCGUAUUAUGAUCUGUUUCAUCUUGUGAAUCGAAGUUGUAUUAUGCUUACGUCAUAUCCUGCAUGGCACUCAGUGGACAAAAAUUAGACGACCGAGCAGGGGGAAUGCGUAUCAUUCUAAGCCACGUUGCCAUUUUCUGCCAUCCGCUGUCAAAAUGGCGGACAAUGUUGAUAAGACGGAUCGAAAAGAAGACGAGCAUUGAUCAAGGUUUAAAGCUUUUAAGAGAGGCAAAAGAGUUACUUUCUGGUUCCUUAAGUGAUAAUAUUGUUGGUUUACACAUGACGUCACUAAAAUUCAAACUAAAAAACUAUCGAUCCUACCGAGAUUUUACUUUCACGAUGCAUUAGAGCAGCUGAAAACUAAUUUUCACAGAAAUUUUCGCUUCAAAAGGGUUCUUGGUUUUGUGAUAGAGUACGCUUGAAUUUCUAAGCGUUUGCGUGACGCGGCUUUUACGUGACGGCCAAGAGAGCUGUCAUGUAGGUUAAAAAAAUGACUUAUUUCAGGAAAUUUUGCUAUCUAAACUGUUCAUGUAUUACAAAAAGUAUUACUUUAAUGUUUAUGAGUUUCUCGCAGAAUAAAUUCAUGCUUUUGUAGCAAAACUCGGUAACAGAUGUUUUUGUUGGUUUCCGUCUGCCAUGUUGGAGCUCAUCCAGGUAAGCACCAGCAUGGCGUCUCCAUACAAAUCUCUAUAAGUUUGGGUAAAACAUUUCUUCGGAUAUCUUGUAUACGAAAAAUUCCUCUGACCUGAAUCUUGAUGAGGGUCUUUGUAUAUGUACCUCCUUUCAUUUCCCAGAUUCUGGACUAAUUUAUCUAUUCAACAGUUUUGAUUUUUAUUUUGAUGUAUUUUGAAUGGCGUGAAAAAAAAAACCAGCAAUUCCUCUGGUUAAUAGUACAGAUCCAUUCCUAAUCAAAACAGAAGUGAGAGAAUUGCCUCAAAUCUUCGCGCGCUUUUCAGUGCAUACGAUGAUAGCCCUGUUAAUACUCGACGUCCUGCUCCACAAAGUAGAAAUCAAAUUGCAAGUCCGCCAAAAAGGAGAGGAAGGCAUGCUUCCGUGUUUUCAAGCCUCAGAAAACAUGGACACAUGAAUUUCUGUCUGUCGUACUGUGAACAAGACGUUGUUUUGUUUUUUUAUCAUGUUUCCUCAACAGACUUUGAAGGGAAAAUAGAGGGUCUGUAACCAGGCUAAAAUGGAAGCUAGAAUGUACUCUUUGGUCAACAAUUCCAGCAUCAAAACAGCCGAGUAUAAGUCUAUACAGACAAUCUAGUCGAUAUUGCACGUGAUCCAGGGUGUCUGAGUCACCAUUUCCUGACUCUGUCUCAAAAUAUUGAGCAAUACGUUCCGAAGGUGGUUUCUGACUGCAACAUGACUGUCAACAUUGUGCUCCUUUUAAACAGCGGAUGGCAGAAAAUGGCAGUGUCGUUGAGAACGAUACCCAUUCCCCCUGCUUGGCCGUCUAAUUUUUGCCCACCGAGUGCCAUGAAGGAUAUGACGUAAGCAUAAUACAACUUCACAAGCUGAAACAGAUCAUAAUACUGGGACGCAAAACAGAAUACAAAAAUUCCGAAAGUAACCCAAUCUUGGAUGAUAACAUACAUAAGUGCAUAGAAUGUAGAAUUGCACAAUAGCUUACAGAACUUUACACUGCCAAGUAGAAAGGGCAAAACAUCACCACAGAAGUCUAAAAUGUCAUAUGUUAGAAUAGCAGAAUACAAUACAUAAUAGAAUGUGUAAAUACAUAAAAAAAUACAGAAUGGACGAAUGGAAUUUACAAUGCCAAAUAGAGAGGACAUAACACCAAUUAUUGUGGAGUCUAAAAGAUCAUAAUAGAAUAGCAAUACCACAUCUCAUUUUGGCGGUAAUCACCCCUCAUAUAUAUUUGCCUUUGUAACAAGCAUUUCUGUGCGAACUUGUUAAACAAAAGGGUUCCACCUUCAACAAACUCGUGUUGAAACGCUUGGUUAGGACUGUCAUUAAGAGCCGGGGACCGAGGAUUUCCCCACCCAUUAGGCCAUCCCAAUUUAAUGCUUUGUUUCCCAUCGCCUGACUGACCCAUUUUUUUUGGAAAAGUAAAAAAAAAAUUCCAGAAUCACUUGUAAAGAAGUAAGUACUUUAAAUCUUGUCUUAUUAACACCAACUGUCAUAAAUUAUCAUCGAUACUUCGUUUUUGUAGCCUUUUUAGACAUUUGAUAGUCCUGUUUCACCAUCUGAUUAUAUCUUGCAGACUAAACGUGAGAUUUACUGGCACCCAGACCCCUUCAUUCUUUUUUUUUUUUUGCCCAACCGACUGACCCACCUUCACGAGAGGGAGGGUGAUAAGAAACGAAACAUUUUAUUGGGAUGGCCUUAUGAACAUGGUCCCGGCUACUUUCAUAGGUAAAUAGAAGAAAAAUAGAACCAAAAGAAAUCCCUAGCUGUUUGAUUCCCCACCUACUUGUUGUAUUUACCCGGCAACUUGAAAUCUUAGAGACAUCACUGCUUGUUACGCUGCUUAUAGCGGACAGACAGACUUAAGUUAUAGGGUUCCCAGAGAUUUAUGAGAUUUAAAACUAACAGUUUAGUGGAGAUAUAUCGUUGUUUUAGUUAGGCUGUGUUUCAAAGACGAGCGGGGUGGGGGCGGUUAGGAUUUUGUAAAUAUGGGAGAUCUAAAAUCUGGAAAUUGCCUCUCUUAAAGUAAUUUGCAACAUCAGCCACCCCACCCUGCAUAACUGCGAAUCAACCCAUGGGUGUGGCUAUGGACAUUAUACAAAGUCUUACCUAAAGUAUAUACUGUCAAAUUAAAUUCCGCUUUGUUAACAAAAUAAUCUUGACUGGGAAAACUGGGUUAAAAAGCAAAUUUCGUGACCAGUGUGGGAGAUAAUCUAGGCAUAUAUGUUACUGGGCCCUGAACACUGCUGUGUUCUCAUUCAAGAUCACGGUAUCAAUAGUUUUGCAAAUAACACAAAACUGUGGGUUGACCAAAGAAAAUGGACUGGUUUCUUAGCAAGACAAGGUUUAAAAAUGUCAGCUUCAAUGGUACAAUGGUAAAUAAUUUCAUUGCACCUAUAAUUACUAAUUACAUGUAACAAAUCAGGAACAUUUAAACAAUGUUUGUAUUGUUGCAAGUACAUUUGGGAGUUUGUCCAGAUCUUGUUGUUUAAGAUAGUUGAGGCUUUAACAAAUAACUUGAUUUAUUUCAUGAUGAAAAGGAUUGGUAAAGGAAGCUGCAUGUCUUCAAAAAGGGAACAGAGUGGAACAUUCUUCACAAAAGUAAGAAACCUAAAAGAACAACAGAGAAUCCACACGGGAAAGAAGUCUUACAAAUGUAAACAGGGUGGCAAAUGUUUUAGAGGAACAGUAGAACUAACAACACAUGAUGAACGAGUUCACACUGGAAAAAAACCUUAUGAAUGUAAGCAAUGUGGCAAGAGUUUUAGUCAAUCAGGAAACCUAAAGUCACAUCAGAGAGUCCACACGGGAGAGAAGCCUUUUAAAAGUACACGGUGUGGCAAGUGUUUUAGCAGAGUAGGGGACCAGAAAACACAUGAAAGAGUUCAUACAGGAGAGAAGCCAUAUGAAUGUAAACAGUGUGGCAAGUGUUUUAGCAGAGUAGGGGACCAGAAAAGACAUGAAAGAGUUCAUACAGGAGAGAGGCCUUAUGAAUGUAAACAGUGUGGCAAGUGUUUUCAACGUCGAGGACAUUUGAGGAUGCAUGAAAGAGUUCAUACUGGAGAGAGGCCUUGUGAAUGUAAACAGUGUGGCAAGUGUUUUCAUCAUACAGGGAGUCUGAGGAUGCAUGAAAGAGUUCAUACUGGAGAGAGGCCUUAUGAAUGUAAACAGUGCGGCAAGUGUUUUAAACAGACAGGAAGUUUGAGGAUGCAUGAAAGAGUUCAUACUGGAGAGAGGCCUUAUGAAUGUAAACAGUGUGGCAAGUGUUUUCAACAGACAGGAAUUUUGAGGAGGCAUGAAAGAGUUCAUACUGGAGAGAGGCCUUAUGAAUGUAAACAGUGUGGCAAGUGUUUUCAACGGAAAGGAAAUUUGAGGGUGCAUGAAAGAGUUCAUACUGGAGAGAGGCCUUAUGAAUGUAAACAAUGUGGCAAGUGUUUUCAUCGUACAGGAAGUUUGAGGAUGCAUGAAAGAGUUCAUACUGGAGAGAGGCCUUAUGAAUGUAAACAUUGUCGCAAGUGUUUUCAACGUGGAGGACAUUUGAAGAGGCAUGAAAGAGUUCAUACUGGAGAGAGGCCUUAUGAAUGUAAACAGUGUGGCAAGUGUUUUCAACAGACAGGAAAUUUGAGGAUGCAUGAAAGAGUUCAUACUGGAGAGAGGCCUUAUGAAUGUAAACAGUGUGGCAAGUGUUUUCAACGGAAAGGAAAUUUGAGGGUGCAUGAAAGAGUUCAUACUGGAGAGAGGCCUUAUGAAUGUAAACAAUGUGGCAAGUGUUUUCAUCAUACAGGAAGUUUGAGGAUGCAUGAAAGAGUUCAUACUGGAGAGAGGCCUUAUGAAUGUAAACAGUGCGGCAAGUGUUUUAAACAGACAGGAAGUUUGAGGAUGCAUGAAAGAGUUCAUACUGGAGAGAGGCCUUAUGAAUGUAAACGUUGUGGCAAGUGUUUUAGCAUAGUGGGUAGCCUUAGAAGACACGAAAAAGUCCACACUAAAGCAAGGUGCGGUACACGUUACAGUAAAAGACGUCCGUCUAAACGUUUGCUUCGACAGCGCAAUAGCGAAGGAAGUAAGAGAAUUGAUAUCAGUUCAGGAAUUACAAACAACCAACUGACUCAAAGAGACUCUAGAAACAGAAGUCGUGUAGUAAACUGCCAAUCAGCUACCGUUGAGACAAACAGCUGUUGGAUUUGUCAAGAGGAGAUGAGUAGUGUAGCUUUUCUUCUUCAACACUAUGAAAAUCAUAUGAGGCAUGUAGUUGAAGAUGACUUGUAAAAUGGAAUGGUUCUCGUUCAGGUUUUCGUGAAUUUCGUUUCUGUUCUGUUAGGUUUUGUCAUUGAGUGGAAGCAUGGCAACGUUUGGUUUAGGUUACUUGUCAUGAGUGGCUUGUAUUUUCAGUGCGUUGUUUUCUCUCCAUGAAAAGUUUGAAUUGUGAUUUUCUUAGGUGAUUUGAUGUAGUUGGCAGCUGUUGCUUUUUUGUUGACGGGAAGAAAAAUUCUUUUGCAAUCCCGUUAUGUUCUUUUUGCGAUGGAUAAUUCAACCAACUUUUUGAAAGAGAAAACAUUUGUGGACUAUUUUGAAAUUUAACAUAUGGACAGACAAUCCUAUGAGAUGAGCUCGUUGAAUAUCUUUAGAAAAUAUAAUAAUACAAUAAAGCAGCCAGAGGUUUAAAACGAUUAAAACGUAAUGGAUCAAAGGUGUGUAAAAUGUAGAUUUUUUACUUAAUAUGCGGUUUUAAUGUACUAUGUUCUCGACCCUACGAGCAGUUAGCUUCAACUAUUUUAUCGAGUACUUAUAAAGGUAAUAAUAAUAAAUAAUAAUAAUAAUAAUAAUAAUAAUAAUAAAACUUUUUGUUAAGGGUAACAUUUCAUAUUUCUCGAUAAUCUACACUUGGCCCGUGGAAAAAUAAUGAAUAAAAAAGACAAAAAUCGAUAAAAAAACCCCCUAUGAUUCAUAGGCGAGAAUUUGAAGAUUAACUAACGAAGGAAUUGCUAAAGAUUGUCCACUUCAAUCCGCUUAAGUUUUUUUUUCGAAAGACGUCAAGGUUGUAUAUAUAUGUAAAGUGAAAUCAAUUGGAUAACCGAUCGUACUUCCAGUGACAUCGGCGAAGCAGAAUUCUGUCACAGACAACUCAGCGCUCUCCGGUGAGGAUUAAAGACCGGACCGGCAGAAAAGAGGUACCCUGCGCGCAAGCUCUCCAUUUUGGAAAGUCGCGACAAGUCACGGAAGAGCAACGACUUGCCCUAGCGUGUUUUCUCUCGGCUCGUUUCUCUCGCCAUGAUUGAAGAAUUUCCUUGCAGGAUAGGAGAGCGACAAAAAUGGAGCCUACUUAAUAAAGUUUCACCUGAAAAAAAUGUUCAAACUGUUAGAGGUUUAAAGGUAACCAUAUUGUAUGUAUUCCGGAUAAAGAAAGGCCGAGUUUGCAUUAGGCAAAUUUAGAAGUAAUAUGAUGAUCUUUUAACGCAACUUUUUUUUUGCAACGUAUUGUACCGUUGUCUAGUCUGCGGGGCAGGCGCCUGUUAGUUGUUUUUCACCGGCCCCGCCCGCGCGAAGGGGAGGGGAGGCCCCCCUGUCCUUUUCUUCCCUCGCGAGUCCUCGACAAUUCUUCCCUCGCCCUAAAAAAGGCGGAGCCUGCUAGGCAGGCUGACUGUUAUCUGGAGGAUUCAGCACGGUUUGACGGACAAAACUUGGCAAACGCCAACAGAACGCAGCGGAAUUCUUCGUCAGACCCAGCCUGCGUAGCAAGCGUUUCUGUGCAGUUUAGGAGAAAAGAACGAGGAACGAUAGUCAAAGACCGCGAGAAAAGUGGCGCAAGUAAAAGAGCGGGGAGGGGGUGAGUAUACCACAAGUCCCCUUGUAUUUCUUUGCUCCGAAACCAAACGGAAACGCUUGCUACGCAGGCUACGUCUUGGCUACGUCAGACUCUGUCCACCUUCUCCUACGUCCGAGGAAGACUGGGUAAAAACACGCUGAGUCAUCACUUCAUAAUUGCCGACUCUUGCAAAUCUCAAAAAUCUAUAAAUUGUUGAAGGUAAGGAGAGCUUCUCAGUACAUUAUAUACAUAUCUUAGAGUGAUUUACGUGUUAGAAUUAAUCGUCACAAGAAAAGAGCUAAGAUUUUAAGCCUGUAUUGAUCUACGAGUUCGCCUCGCUUGGCUCAUAAAGCGCCUCUUAUGCAGGCGAGUACUGAUGAACAUAUGUUUACCGCUAGGUUUAAUUGUCGCUCAGAAAUCCCAUGAGUGUAUCGGAUUGAGGUGAUUAUAUUUAUGGGGGGUGAUUACCGCCAAAAUGAGAUGUUGUAUUAUGCUAUUCUAUGGUGAUCUUUUAGACUCCACAAUAGGCCAUUUUACAGUUAUGGAUGGAAGCGAGGCUGAGGCUUGUUUGGAUACAAACCUUCCUGCUUUAUUAUGUAAAUCAAGUUAUUCUUAUGCUUACUAGUAUUUUUCAAGAACAAUUUCCACAACAAAGCAAAGAAGGUUUGUAUCAAAACAAGGUCACCCUCACCCUCGCUUCCGUCCAUAACUGUAAAAUGGCUUAUUGGUGUUAUGUCCUCUUUGUUUGGCAUUGUAAAUUCCAUUCGUCCAUUCUGUAUUUUGUUAUGUAUUUACACAUUCUAUUAUGUAUUGUAUUCUGCUAUCCUAACAUGACGUUUUAGACUUUUGUUGUGAUGUUUUGCUCUUUCUAUUUGGCAGUGUAAAUUUCUGUAUCUUAUUGUGCAAUUCUACAUUCUAUUAUGCACUUAUGUAUCCCGGGGGGGAAGGGGGGUUGUUACUUGGUUUAAUUUUUGCCGGGUAUGUGCCGCUGGCCUCUCAGAGCCCCUGCCCCAUUAUAGUUUAUUCUGUGGCCAAUUAUAGACCCCUUAUUAGUCGCUCUUGGGAAAAUAUGUAAUUUUUGCAAUCCCAGCUUAGUCACUUUCUAUUUAUGUAUCUACCUUAUACUCUACUUUUCACCAACAGUACAAACAUUCUGGUAUGUCUGGUAACUGCUAAUAUGAAGAACUGUCUUACCCUAAAAAUCAGAAAAUUUACGACUCCAUUCUAGUAACUCUAUCGAAAAUGCGACCCCUUUAUAGUCAAUCCAAUCGUGAAAAUGCAACCCAUCCAGCGGCACAUCCCCAUUAGCCUCUUAUAAGGAAGUACCCUCCCCAGGUUAUGUAUGUUAUCAUCCAAGAUUGGGUUACUUCCUGAAUUUUUGUAUUCUGUUUUGCGUUCCCGUAUUAUGAUCUGUUUCAUCUUGUGAAUCGAAGUUGUAUUAUGCUUACGUCAUAUCCUGCAUGGCACUCAGUGGACAAAAAUUAGACGACCGAGCAGGGGGAAUGGGUAUCAUUCUAAGCCACGUUGCCAUUUUCUGCCAUCCGCUGUCAAAAUGGCGGACAAUGUUGAUAAGACGGAUCGAAAAGAAGACGAGCAUUGAUCAAGGUUUAAAGCUUUUAAGGGAGGCAAAAGAGUUACUUUCUGGUUCCUUAAGUGAUAAUAUUGUUGGUUUACACAUGACGUCACUAAAAUUGAAACUAAAAAACUAUCGAUCCUACCGAGAUUUUACUUUCACGAUGCAUUAGAGCAGCUGAAAACUAAUUUUCAUAGAAAUUUUCGCUUCAAAAGGGUUCUUGGUUUUGUGAUAGAGUACGCUUGAAUUUCUAAGCGUUUGCGUGACGCGGCUUUUACGUGACAGCCAAGAGAGCUGUCAUGUAGGUUAAAAAAAUGACUUAUUUCAGGAAAUUUUGCUAUCUAAACUGUUCAUGUAUUACAAAAAGUAUUACUUUAAUGUUUAUGAGUUUCUCGCAGAAUAAAUUCAUGCUUUUGUAGCAAAACUCGGUAACAGAUGUUUUUGUUGGUUUCCGUCUGCCAUGUUGGAGCUCAUCCAGGUAAGCACCAGCAUGGCGUCUCCAUACAAAUCUCUAUAAGUUUGGGUAAAACAUUUCUUCGGAUAUCUUGUAUACGAAAAAUUCCUCUGACCUGAAUCUUGAUGAGGGUCUUUGUAUAUGUACCUCCUUUCAUUUCCCAGAUUCUGGACUAAUUUAUCUAUUCAACAGUUUUGAUUUUUAUUUUGAUGUAUUUUGAAUGGCGUGAAAAAAAAAACCAGCAAUUCCUCUGGUUAAUAGUACAGAUCCAUUCCUAAUCAAAACAGAAGUGAGAGAAUUGCCUCAAAUCUUCGCGCGCUUUUCAGUGCAUACGAUGAUAGCCCUGUUAAUACUCGACGUCCUGCUCCACAAAGUAGAAAUCAAAUUGCAAGUCCGCCAAAAAGGAGAGGAAGGCAUGCUUCCGUGUUUUCAAGCCUCAGAAAACAUGGACACAUGAAUUUCUGUCUGUCGUACUGUGAACAAGACGUUGUUUUGUUUUUUUUAUCAUGUUUCCUCAACAGACUUUGAAGGGAAAAUAGAGGGUCUGUAACCCGAAAAUGGAAGCUAGAAUGUACUCUUUGGUCAACAAUUCCAGCAUCAAAACAGCCGAGUAUAAGUCUAUACAGACAAUCUAGUCGAUAUUGCACGUGAUCCAGGGUGUCUGAGUCACCAUUUCCUGACUCUGUCUCAAAAUAUUGAGCAAUAUGUUCCGAAGGUGGUUUCUGACUGCAACAUGACUGUCGACAUUGUGCGCCUUUUAAACAGCGGAUGGCAGAAAAUGGCAGCGUCGUUGAGAAUGAUACCCAUUCCCCCUGCUUGGCCGUCUAAUUUUUGCCCACUGAGUGCCAUGCAGGAUAUGACGUAAGCAUAAACCAACUUCACAAGCUGAAACAGAUCAUAAUACUGGGACGCAAAACAGAAUACAAAAAUUCCGAAAGUAACCCAAUCUUGGAUGAUAACAUACAUAAGUGCAUAGAAUGUAGAAUUGCACAAUAGCUUACAGAACUUUACACUGCCAAGUAGAAAGAGCAAAACAUCACCACAGAAGUCUAAAAUGUCAUAUGUUAGAAUAGCAGAAUACAAUACAUAAUAGAAUGUGUAAAUACAUAAAAAAAUACAGAAUGGACGAAUGGAAUUUACAAUGCCAAAUAGAGAGGACAUAACACCAAUUAUUGUGGAGUCUAAAAGAUCAUAAUAGAAUAGCAAUACCACAUCUCAUUUUGGUGGUAAUCACCCCUCAUAUAUAUUUGCCUUUGUAACAAGCAUUUCUGCGCGAACUUGUUAAACAAAAGGGUUCCACCUUCAACAAACUCGCGUUGAAACGCUUGGUUAGGACUGUCAUUAAGAGCCGGGGACCGAGGAUUUCCCCACCCAUUAGGCCAUCCCAAUUUAAUGCUUUGUUUCCCAUCGCCUGACUGACCCAAUUCCAGAAUCACUUGUAAAGAAGCAAGUACUUUAAAUCUUGUCUUAUUAACACCAAUUGUCUUAAAUUAUCAUCGAUACUUCGUUUUUGUAGCCUUUUUAGACAUUUGAUAGUCCUGUUUCACCAUCUGAUUAUAUCUUGCAGACUAAACGUGAGAUUUACUGGCACCCAGACCCGUUCAUUCUUUUUUUUUUUUUGCCCAACCGACCGACCCACCUUCACGAGAGGGAGGGUGAUAAGAAACGAAACAUUUUAUUGGGAUGGCCUUAUGAACAUGGCCCCGGCUACUUUCAUAGGUAAAUAGAAGAAAAAUAGAACCAAAAGAAAUCCCUAGCUGUUUGAUUCCCACCUACUUGUUGUAUUUACCCGGCAACUUGAAAUCUUAGAGACAUCCCUGCUUGUUACGCUGCUUAUAGCGGACAGACAGACUUAAGUUAUAGGGAUCCCAGAGAUUUAUGAGAUUUAAAACUAACAGUUUAGUGGAGAUAUAUCGUUGUUUUAGUUAGGCUGUGUUUCAAAGACGAGCGGGGUGGGGGCGGUUAGGAUUUUGUAAAUAUGGGAGAUCUAAAAUCUGGAAAUUGCCUCUCUUAAAGUAAUUUGCAACAUCAGCCACCCCACCCUGCAUAACUGCGAAUCAACCCAUGGGUGUGGCUAUGGACAUUAUACAAAGUCUUACCUAAAGUAUAUACUGUCAAAUUAAAUUCCGCUUUGUUAACAAAAUAAUCUUGACUGGGAAAACUGGGUUAAAAAGCAAAUUUCGUGACCAGUGUGGGAGAUAAUCUAGGCAUAUAUGUUACUGGGCCCUGAACACUGCUGUGUUCUCAUUCAAGAUCACGGUAUCAAUAGUUUUGCAAAUAACACAAAACUGUGGGUUGACCAAAGAAAAUGGACUGGUUUCUUAGCAAGACAAGGUUUAAAAAUGUCAGCUUCAACGGUACAAUGGUAAAUAAUUUCAUUGCACCUAUAAUUACUAAUUACAUGUAACAAAUCAGGAACAUUUAAACAAUGUUUGUAUUGUUGCAAGUACAUUUGGGAGUUUGUCCAGAUCUUGUUGUUUAAGAUAGUUGAGGCUUUAACAAAUAACUUGAUUUAUUUCAUGAUGAAAAGGAUUGGUAAAGGAAGCUGCAUGUCUUCAAAAAGGGAACAGAGUGGAACAUUCUUCACAAAAGUAAGAAACCUAAAAGAACAACAGAGAGUCCACACGGGAAAGAAGUCUUACAAAUGUAAACAGGGUGGCAAAUGUUUUAGAGGAACAGUAGAACUAACAACACAUGAUGAACGAGUUCACACUGGAAAAAAACCUUAUGAAUGUAAGCAAUGUGGCAAGAGUUUUAGUCAAUCAGGAAACCUAAAGUCACAUCAGAGAGUCCACACGGGAGAGAAGCCUUUUGAAAGUACACGGUGUGGC